AUGUGGGGAUAUUUCUUUGGAGGAAACUCCCAACAAAAGAAAGAGUUGCCAAAGAAGGCUAUAGUUGAACUACGUGAACAUAUUUCAACAUUAAAUAAAAAGAAGAAUCAUUUACAACAACAAAUGGACGAUCAAGAUCAACUUGCAAGGAAGUAUGUCUCGUCAAAACAAACCACACUAGCCAAGAAUGCAUUAAAGCGUAAAAAGGGGUAUGAAACAAAUUUACUCAAAGUUGAAAAUCAAAUAGAAACCUUAGAAACUCAAUUAGUAUCAAUCGAAGGUGCCAAUUUGAAUUUGGAAACUAUGAAGGCAAUGAAACAAGGUGCUAAAGCAAUGAAACAAAUACAUGGUGAAUAUGAUGUUGAUAAAGUGGAAGAUACUAUGGAUGAAAUCAGAGAACAAGUUGAAUUAGCUGAUGAAAUUUCAGAAGCAAUAUCAAGACCAGUAGGAAACGAAUAUGUGGAUGAAGAUGAACUAGAUCAAGAAUUGGCUGAAUUAGAGAAUGAAAAUAGGGAAGCAGAGAAGGAGAAAGCCAAGCCACAGAAACAACAACAACAACCGGCAGCAGUACAUAAAGAAGAACAAUUACCAUCUUUCCCAACUGUCAACAAAGCUGAACCAGUUUCACAAGAUGAUGAAGAUGAAGCUGCUUUGAAAGCUUUACAAGCAGAAAUGGGAUUAUGA